AUGGCUAUGUAUCCCCCGCCUCAAGCCUUUUAUUACCCCCCGCCCCAGCAACAACAAUCUCCACCCCAGCCGCGUCAUCAGCCUGCUCCGGCGUCAGCCCCGCAGGUCCAGUAUCGCAGUUAUGGUGCCCCCAGCGCCCCUCCCGCAGCUUCUACUUCAUUUUAUCAGCUCGACCCUGAGUCGUUUAGACGAGACUAUGCUGCUCGUCUAGCUGAAUUGACCAUGAACUCGCGUCCGAUAAUACAGGAUCUGUCCGUUUAUGCUCAGGAGUAUGCGCGCUGGAGUGAUAGUGUCGUGUCAUGCAUUGACAAGCACAUUCGUAUGGUUCCUGCAUGGAUGAAGCUUCCCGCAUUCUACCUAGUCGAUGCGAUAUGCAAGAACGUGUAUAACCCGUAUUCACGGGCUUUUGCUCCUGUCGUGGCGCCUCUGUUCCUCGAUACUUACGGCCAGGUCGACGAACAGACUCGUAGCAAGAUGGCUGAGAUGCUCCUAACGUGGCGCACAGGUGGACCCAAUGGUCGCGAGCUCUUCGGCGUCGGCCCUCAGGUCGCCAUCGAACGUGGGAUCUGGGGAUCCGGGCCGGGUGCUACACGUGGUGGAUCGAGCGUCUCCAAGCAACAAGUAUUGAGCGAGCUUGAGUUCGCGAUCAGUCAGAAGGAGCGUGCGCUUCAAUCCUCGCGCUACGACGUCAACAUUCAGAACACCGUCAACGUCUUGUAUCAGCUGCGUGCCCUCGUCGAGACGGGUGUCUCUCAACAAGAACUCGCCCAGAUUCUCGGCCAGCUUCGUUCUCUUGUCGCUCCAGCGCCUGUCCCGGCACCCGUCGCCACAUCACCACCGCCUCCACCAUUCGGGAACCGCCCACCUUUUCCGCCCCAGCACCCACCUUAUGCUCAAGCAGGGCCCAGUCGUCAGCCCCAACCCCCAGCGCCGGUGCCUUUCCAAUCGCCACCGGUUCAAGUUCCCACUCCUCCGGUGCAGAUCGCGACGCCUGCGGGACCUGAUGUGUCAUCUUUAUUCCAGUCCCUGCUCAAGUCAGGUAUUCUUUCCACAAACAAUACGCCCAUUGGCGCGGGCGCGACCGCAAAGCCCCCGACCCCAGAACGGAAAACGGCAAAUGCGACGCCCGAGGAGGAACGGAGGGCUUAUCGCGCGGCCAUCAUGUCAGAGUCGAUUGCUUUUUCCAGUGCAGAUAUUACUCGGAAUCGUCCUGGUGUGCCCUUCCUGUUAUAUGAUCGCCUACCUGCACAAUGCGGCCAAUGCGGUGUGCGGUUUUCGGAGUCGCCGUCCGGCAAGAAAAAAAUGCAAGAUCAUCUGGACGACCACUUCCGCGCCAAUCGCCAGGCUGAGCAGCCAACUGGUCGAGGACACAGCAGGAACUGGUUUAUCACUGCCGAUGAUUGGCUUUGCAACGCGUCUGGUAAAGGGAAAGGCCGGGCCGACGGCCGACGCCUGAAUAAGCAAGAGACCGCCGCUGCCGAGCAGGCGUCGCGUCUGCGCGAGCUCCGUGCGAAGACUGUGCUUGUUCCACCUGGAGAUGAGGCGAAGCCCAUCGCGUGCCCGGUAUGCAAGGAGAUUUUGAAGGCUGAGUUCAAUGAAGACGACGAAGAGUGGGUAUGGAGAAACGCUACGGCUGUUGAUGGCAGGAUAUUCCACGCCACUUGUCACGCCGACGCCAUCGCUUCUGCAAGUUCAUUAGCGACGCGCUUAAUGAAUGGUCGCUCACUUACGCCCGAGACGCGCUCACCACCGCGUGUCAAGAAGUCGGACUCGCCCGCACCGUCUGUGCUUUCCGGUAUGAAACGCAAGAUGGAGGAGGACUCUGACGCGAUCAGCGCUGCCCUCAGCGGCUCGCCGCCAUUGAAGAAGGCAAUGCUCGGUUCGACGGCGGCUUAG